GGAUUUCCCUGUAAAUCCCGAUAUGGGGUCAUUGUCUUUUCGACGUAUUUUCCCAGGACUCUUUAUUACGACGAAGGUCACUGCGCUUUGUUCUAGUUUUGUCAAGUAUUGUGUUUAGUCUCGUGGUAAUGGUUUUUCAAAAAAUCACUAUAGUUUUUAAUGUGAGUGAAGUAGUUUUACAAUACUGAUCAGUCAUGUCGCAGCAAAGUUCGAACAGAUCGAGCACUUCUUCAACAAGCCCCCAGUUGUCUGGAUCUUCAACUGGAUCAGAAUUUAUUGUGUUAUCUCGACCGCCUUCGAGUCAAAGUCUACGAAGUAACAUAUCUAACCCACUGUUAUCACCACAAAAUGAUGAUAUGUCGUUUGUGAUGGAUGAAGAACUAAUUACAUUUAUUCGUGGUAUACAGUUACAGAACAACCAACUCACUGAGAAAUUGGCAGAAACCAAUGCAUUAAUGCAAAACCAAAGCAAGGAGCUUGCAGAGAUCAGAGAUAAGCACAGAGAAACGUUCCAAGAGAAUCUCGAAAGAUACAACCAAACAAGAACUGAAAUUCUGAGUCUGCAAAAGACAAAAAAAGAACUGCAGGAUAAAAUUGAUCAAGGUGCCAUGGAUAUGGAAGAGAAAAUACAGCAGGUGAAGCAGCAGGAAAUGGAGAAACGUUCACAACUUGAAAUGGAAAUAGUCACACUGAGGGGUGAUAAGCAAUCACUGGAAGAUCUGAAUAUGAAACUCCAGAAAUCUAUUGAGAAACUAACAGAAGAACAUUGUCAAAUAAAAGAACAGUUAUUAGAAAAAGAAAGUGAAAUUGAACAGGUUGUUGUGAGUAAAGACCCUACUGAAGAGGCAGAGAUGAAGUACCUUCAACAGAAGUGCACUGAUUCAAUGAACGAGUUACAAGAAUCUAAAUCUAAAUGUGAUGAACUAAGUCAUGAGGUGUUGAAGUACAAGUCAUUGUCUGAUCAGAUGAUGGAGGAUCUCAAGCAAAUACAACAGAUAAAAUCACAGGUUGAAGAGAAUAAUAAAGAGCUAUCAAGGAAAUGUGAAGAACUGGAUUUAGCUAUGUCCACGAUGAAGAAUGAGCUUAGUCGAGUUCGCGAAACAAACAACAGACUGGUUAUUGAGAAACAGGAUUUGGUAGCUAUGAAUAAUGAAUUGCAAUCCCGACAGUCCUACAGCAUGACUUCGGGUAGUAGUGGGCCAGAAAGCUGUUUGAACAAUUUCAAGGAACUUGAGAGAUCCGUACGCAAUCCUGUAGCCACUGUGGAUGACAAUAGACAACAAGCUGUCUCGGAAAUUGAACAUCCACAAGAACAGAAGGGUGAUCUUGCCACUGCAAGUCGAGAGGACAGUGAAGUGAUCCUCUUUGAUCAGCGAGAUCGGAGCAGUAGCGAUACCCAAAAUAAGAAAUCAAAAUCCGAGCUAACUGUUCAUGAUCUUUUAGUUCAGCUGCAGUCUGAAAGAGAGAAGGUGACAGAAUAUCAGCAACAGCUACACAUUGAACAAAGUAAAGUUACUAGGCUGGAGCAAAAUCUGCAAGACACCAAGCAGAGACUACAAGCCAGUACCUCUCAUUUGGAUACCACUGUUUCUCAGCUGCAGCAAGAACAUAAAGAUAAAGUGAAAAACCUAAUGCAGCAACUUGAUAGUAUGUCAGCCCAGGUUCAGGCAGCACAAGAGCGGCAGCACAAUGAAAGUUUGGAAAGUACUGGUGACGAUAUUCAAGCAUUGAAGUCUCAAGUUAUGUCACUCGUCAAUGAAUUGAGAGACACUGAAAUUAAAUUGAACGCAACCAGGGAACAUAUUAAUAAAUAUAGAAAUAGGUGUAUCACUGCUGAGAAUAAAUUGACAAUGCUGCAAGAUGAAUAUGAGGACAGGUGUAAAAAAGAUGGUCAUAUUAUAGACACAUUGAGGGUGGAAUUACAAAAUUACGAUGCUGCAUUGAACACUGAAAUGGCAGCAUUGCAGCAAGAAAGAUCAAACUUGAAGGAAACUGCUGAAAGCCAUGAGAAAUUGUGUGCUGAAUAUGAUAAUUUGUGGAAAAUGUACAACAAUCUCAGUGGAAAGGGUGGACAGAGAGAUGUUGAUCCAAGAGUUCUAAAAGAGAAAGAUAACGAGAUAGACAACUUGACAGCUCAGUUAGUGUCAGCUGAUGAAGCAAUUGCUGCCAAGGAAGAUGAGGUCAAAGAAUUAAGAAACAAAAUCCGAGAAAUGAAAAAUGAACUGGAGACUGUGCCAGUACUAAAGGCACAGGCUGACAUCUACCAAGCUGACUUCCAGGCUGAGAGAGAAGCUAGAGAGAAGGCUCAUGGUGAAAAGGAGAAGCUGGUGCAGGAUAUCCAGGAUCUACAGUUGGAGAACCAGCAACUUCAAGAUGACUUAAAUACAUUAUCUAAAACGCAGAUCGCUGAAAUGCAGAAACGCCAUGGUAAACAUGAACCAAGGCCAGCUGGUGCCGCAGGGUAUACACAGCCAGGGAGAGGAUAUCCAUACCCUGGUCCUUAUUAUCCACGAUAUUAUGCUGAUGGUAACAACGCUGAUGAGAGAAAGAACGAACCCGCACCACAGGGUAUUGUAGAUGGCAUGGGAGGUAGCCAGGGCGAUAGAUUACUAGCCAGAGGAGAUUCUGCAGAACAGAUUUCCAGCGGCACUGAUAGAUCAGCAUCACCAGUACCACACCAGUUUACAUGUCCUAAGUGUGAAGCUGGCUUCCCAGACUUGGACACGCUGCAGAUACACAUACUUGAUUGUAUUAACUAAACAGUGGAUAACAGGAAGGGAAAGACCUGUUUCCGAAGAUUAUUAUCUAAUCAUCUCAGCAGACCUUCCAGCAAGUGUAACAAACUGAAUCUUAUGUUGUUUUAUAAAUAUCUUAUAUUUGGGACUUUAUUUAUAAUAUUAUAAAAAUGUACACAGGCAAGUAAAAAAUAACCACAAGGAAGGCACAUCAAUAUUAUAUUGAAUAGAACAGUAUGGACAACGUUUUCAUUGGCGUCUUCAUUGGCACACAAGACGAAUAGAAAUUAAUUAAUUUUUAGUUAUAAGUGACAUGUCUGGUAUGAAAGCGGUUGUCAAUAGGAAAGGUUGACAUGAAUUGCGAAACACUGCAUGCCCCAAUAAAGUUACAAGUUAUACAAGUGUGUGCAAUGGAUCUUUGUACCCUGUUAUCUUAACAAUGAGAUAUCAACAUAUUUGAGCAAUAUGUCACAUUACAAGUAGACAUGUGUGUUAACACAUUAAAUCUUACACCUGUUCCCAGCAUGCAACAUAUAUUUAAUGUUAUUUGUGGUACCUAAAGACUG